AUGGCUUCUCCUCUGGGCGCUGCAGAGUCGAACGGGAGGAACUCGGGGCUGCCCAGCCAGCCUUCUGGGGGCCGCGGAGGCGCGGCACAGCUCCCUCAGACCGGCGCGAUGAAGGCGCGCCAGGCAGAAGGCGCCCCCUGUGAAGCGGCUUCAGAGCCCGACGCGAAGAUGCCCGAGGCGAGCGCCGAGACUCCCUCCUGCGCGCCGCCGCUGCCAGCCACGCGCGCGGCCCGAAGAGCCGCUUCGCGCGCCUCCGCCUCUGCAUCUGCCUGUGCAUCUGCCUCUGCAUCUGUCGCUGCCGCGCUCGAGUGGCGAAAUGAUGAGGCCUCUCUGUCUAAGCGCCGAAGGCUGGCGGGCGCGACUGGCGGCGCCGAUGCGUCUGCGGCGUCUAGCUCCCCGCUCGCGGCGCCGGAGCCGCCGUCUCUGCUCAGCCUAGACACAAAUUUGCUUCUGAGUUUGCUGCAGAUGCUUUCCACGCGCGAGCAACUCGAGAGCGUCCUUCCGCUGUGUCGCGCGCUGUGCCUGUCGCUCGCCGCCCUGCCCUUCAUGCACUCGCUCGUGCUGCGGCAGUCGCCCAGCCUCUUUGCCUCGUUUUUCUCCGCCGACGGCCGACCCGGUCUGGCGCGGGCCUGCUGUGCUCGCUGCUGCGCCCUCUCGUGCUUUGCGCCCGAGCUGCUCGGAGAUCCUGAGGGUGCAUCGGCGCCCAGCCCCGCGUGCGGACGCGCUUCUGCGGACAUGCAAAGCGCGCGCGCGCCUCCGCAGGACUCGACCGACGGCAAGAAGGCGCCUGCGCCCGGCUCCGCGGCUUCUUCUCCCCACGCUGCGGCCGUUUCGGCGAGCGCCGCCCUGUCCUCCCCUGAGCCGAGUCAGGCCUUUGUGGGCGCGUCGUCGCCCGCCGCGCACAGGGCCCAGCCUCUCUGCGGAAGCCCCUUCUUCCCGUUUCUUCUGCGCCUGCGAAAGUGCGCGCGUUUGAAGACCGUGGAUCUCUGCAUUCCCGGCAGUUUGGCGCCUUCGCCACUGCUCGCCCUCCUGCUGCUGCGCUGCGCGCCCUCACUCCGGCGCCUCACGCUCCGCGGGCUCGACGAGGGCAGCGUCUCUUGGCGUAUGCGGCGAGGGCCGCUCGAACCGGCGAAUGGCGCGCACGCCGCAGCCCAGCAGCCGCGCGCAGACCCCGCAGUGGCGCGCUUCUUGCCCUGCGGCUGCCAGACGAAGGCAAAAGGGGGCGCGGCGUGCGACGCGCAAGGCAGGCGCAGCCGCCCUGCCCGCGCAAACGGCGAUCAGGAGCCUCAGUGCCACACGGGGGGGGUCUCGGCACUCCCCAGUCGUGCGGGUGCGACUGUGCCCGCGGCCGCAGAGGGACUCCGCACCGACUGGCUCGCCGGCGGACGGGCGGCUUCGGACUCGCCGUCUCCCUCGGCGGAGUCGUGCGCGCCCGCCGCCUCCUGUCUCAGCCCCUGCGCCUCGUCUGGUUCCUCUUUUUCUGCGGCCGCUGCGCCUUCGCAGUCGCAGGCCUCGCGGCCUCCGGGUCUCCCUGAGGUCCCCGACUCUGCUGCGGUCGUCGCCGCCGCCUCUGCAGCUCCCGGCCUCGGGGAAGCAAGAAGCCGCGGCGAGCGCGCCUGGUCGUGCGCCUCGUGCGAGUCUGUCCGCGCGUCGGCUGCGCUGCUGAGGUGGUGCGACGCAGAGGGUGCUUUUCCAUCUGGCGUGAAGGUGCGUGACCUCUGGCUGCCAGCGCGACCUCUCACGCGCUGCCUCGCCGACGCGACCCUGCUGGAGACCCUCGAGCUGGACGUCUGCCGGCGCCGCGGCAUGUAUUCCACCGUACCCCUCGCGCAGCUGCAUCUCCUGGGCAGCGCGCUCGGCACGCAGGCCCUUAGCCGUCUGCGCGUUCUCGAAAUCUGCAAUGCAACGCCCCGCAGCUUCAAGUGCGGCGCCAUUGCUCUCCCGAGUCUGCAGACCUUGCGGCUGCACUUCAUCGAGGUUGCGGGGGACGGCACACACGACUUGGGCGCUUUGCUUCAGGGCUGUCCGCAGCUGGAGCACCUCGCGGUGCACACAGACAGCGACGACGACCAGAUGAUUUUCCUCAACCGGCUUUUAAUCAAGUCUCUUCGGCAGCUCGCGAGCGACGACUCGGGCGCCAAGAACCCCUCGCGGCCUGUAGCGCACUCGGCGUCAGGUGUGGCUGCCUCCGAGCAGCCGCCGGCUCUGAGGGUGGUGCAGCCGCCAGAGGAGUCGCGCUCGCUGUCUCUGCCGGCAGUCGCCUCCGCCCUGCCAGCGGCUGCCGCUGCUGGAGCCUCACGGAGUGACUUCUUUGCAGUGGGGUUUGACGUUCGUUCGCAGAAACGCGGCGAGGACGCCUUGAAACCCCCGCCAGCCCUGGCGCGUCUCGAGACCUUCCAAAUGAUGCUGCUUGAUCUCCGCGUCGCCGAGCUCCUCGGCCGGGUGGCGCCCGCCCUGCGAGUCCUGCGCUUGACUGAAGUCGACAGCUUCCGGUCCCGCGAAGGGCGCGCAGUGCUUAUGGAUGCGGUGCGGCGCCUCAGGCAGAUGCGCAGGCUGGAGCUUGGGGGGCUGCUGCUGGAAGCAGAGGGAAAGCUGGAACUCGAUGCGCUGCUGGCUGAAGAGGCUCGCGCUCGAGGCUGGAGUCGAGACUCGCUGACGCUCUGCCACGGGGCCUCGGCUGCGCACGAGCUUUUCAUUCCGUCCGUUUGA